AUGGGUCGUCGUCCAGCUAGAUGCUACAGAUACUGUAAGAACAAGCCAUACCCAAAGUCUCGUUUCUGUCGUGGUGUUCCAGAUCCAAAGAUCAGAAUCUUCGAUUUAGCUCUUGAAGCUGCUCGUAUUUGUGCCAACAAGUACAUUACCAAGGUCGCUGGUAAGGAUUCCUUCCACAUGAGAAUCAGAGUCCACCCAUUCCACGUCCUCCGUAUCAACAAGAUGCUUUCAUGUGCCGGUGCUGAUAGACUUCAAACUGGUAUGCGUGGUGCUUUCGGUAAGCCAAACGGUACUGUUGCUCGUGUCAACAUUGGUCAAGUUCUUAUGUCUAUUCGUUGUAAGGAAGCUAACAAGGAAGCCGUUAUUGAAUCUCUUCGUCGUGCUAAGUACAAGUUCCCAGGUCGUCAAAAGAUUAUUGUUUCCAACAAGUGGGGUUUCACUAAGUUAACUAAGGAAGAAUACCUCCAAAAGAAGGAAGAACAAAAGAUCCACACUGAUGGUUCCUACAUCAAAUACGAUAACGGUAAGGGUAAAUUAUCCGAAUACUUCAAGCGUCAAGAACGUCUUCGUGCUUAA